UCUCAGUAGCCAAAAGACCUCUCUCUCUCUCUCUCUCUCUCUCUGGGUCAAAAGAAGUACAAAGGACAGACUAACUACCACAAAACCAUGUAAUCUUAAAACAAUUGUUCCGUUCUUUUCCUUAGUAUUUUUAUUUUUUAUUGCUAUUAUUUUAGUCUCUAGAAAGAAACAAAAAACCGCCGCCUGUAUUUCUGCUACAUGAUAAAUAUACAAGGACAAAGUUGUUGGAAGAUUUAUACUGAAUUUGUUUGAAGAACGAGGAAGCAGAGGAUUUGGCCGAGGUAAACGUCCGUGACAAGUGUUCAUCUUAUCAUCAAAAAGGGUUUUGUUCUUGUUUCUUCAUCUUUCUCCUUUUGACAUUUCUUCGUUAUUUGAAUUGAUUGAUCAUUCAAGGAAUUUGCAGUUUGUCGAUGAUCCUAGUUUUUCUGUUCCAUGUAAUCAGUGGCUACUUCUCUGAUUAUUUUUCUUGUACUCCUAUCUUGGAUUCUUGCUUCUUUUGUUUUAUCAGGGUGACCAGGGGGCAUCUUUGAAGAGAGAAUGACGAGUUGCUUCGGCUGUUGCAAGGAUGAUGAUAUCCAUAAAGCAUCCAAAACUGGACCUUUUGUGCCAAACCACACAUCAACUGUUUCGUAUGCAGACAAUACUGCUGCUAAUCGCGUGAAGGAGCCUGUAUCAAAUAAUGUGCAGACUGUAAACAUUCAACCUAUAGCUGUCCCUGCCAUUUCAGUGGAUGAACUCAAGGAAAUGACUGGUUAUUUUAGUACUGGUGCUGUAAUUGGCGAGGGUUCUUCUGGAAGAGUUUACUAUGCUGUUCUGAAAAGUGGUCAAGCAGCAGCUAUCAAAAAGCUGGAUUCAAGCAAGCAAUCAGACCAAGAAUUUCUAGCGCAGGUCUCUAUGGUCUCAAGAUUAAAACAUGCACAUGUUCUUGAGCUCGUUGGUUACUGCGUUGAUGGCCCUCUCCGUGUCCUUGCAUAUGAACAUGCUUCUCAAGGAUCCCUUCAUGAUAUUCUACAUGGAAAGAAAGGUGCUAAAGGAACAGAGCCAGGUCCUCCUCUAUCAUGGGCACAAAGAGUGAAAAUUGCAGUUGGAGCAGCAAGAGGACUGGAAUAUCUCCAUGAAAAGGCAGGGCGUCAUAUUAUCCACAACCUUGACAUUAAAUCAAGCAAUGUGCUAGUUUUUGAUGAUGAAGUUGCUAAGAUUGCUGAUUUCGAUUUGUCAAAUCAAGCCUCUGACAUGGCUGCACGUCUUUAUUCCACUCGUGUUCUUGGAAACUUCGGUUAUCAUGCUCCAGAGUAUACAAUGACUGGACAGCUUAGUACAAAGAGUAAUAUUUACAGCUUUGGCGUCAUCCUGCUGGAACUCUUAACUGGCCGUAAACCUGUUGAUCAUACACUACCACGAGGACAGCAGAGCCUUGUGACAUGGGCCACACCGAAGCUGAGUGAAGAUAAGGUGAAGCAAUGCAUUGAUCCUAAAUUAGAUGGGAAAUUCCAUCAUAGAGCAGCUGCUAAGUUUUCUGCUGUUGCUGCCUUAUGUGUGCAAUACGAAGCUGAUUUUCGACCCAAUAUGAGCAUAGUAGUGACAGCUCUUCAGCCUCUUCUGAAAUAUCAAUCUGUUCCCGACCCAGUGAAACACUAAGCGUUGUGAAUUCGCCUUGACCUCAAAAUCUUCUUUUAUAGAGUAUUUUGUUGGAAAUUGCAGCUGUGGAACGGCUGUACUGUGUAAUCGAUAGCGUUUACUCCAUCUUUUAGUGUCAAUUUGAUAUCGUGGUUGAUGCUGCGUUUUGCCCAACCACAAUUUAUAA